GGCUUUAAAUCAUGAUAAACUUUUUGAUAUUUAGUGGUAAUCAAAUUAUGCAGUGUACAGAUUUGUGUUUCUUCAAAUCAGUGGAGAAAUGUUGAAUUUUUAUUUUGCUUACUUUUUCUCCUAUAACAAUAGUUCUGAAUCGGUUUUCCAUCUAUAAAUUAUUAUUGAAUAUCCUGUCCCUAGCCUAAGCUAAUGGUGAAAAAAAAAUAAAAAGCUGCGACUGCUUUUCUCAUCUUGCAGAAUGAUUUUCCUCUAUAGAGAUGGAGGAGGGAUUUAAAGGGGAAGGCAAACUAAAUUCAGAGAGCUCAUUAAGAACUUAAGUUAUAUUGAUGCACAAUUCCAAAGUUACAAGCAGAUCUAUCUGUGGUAUCAGGUCCCACAUUACCUAUACUUAAUAGUUUUUAUAAGCAGGAUAUCUGGUAGGACAAUAAAUGCAAAGAAACGUAAAUGGGGAAAGAUAAAUUCACUGCAUCUUCAAAACAUUUGAAAUGACUAGUGAGAGCCAAUAUAUGGCAAAGGAUAAUAAUAUCAUAUGCAAAUAAAACAUUCAAAACAUUCUGAAAGACAGUGUAAACAUUCUAAAUGCUGUUGGAUUUUCAAGAAAAUCUUCUCUGAUUGGCCACAUGAUUCUGACUUAAUUGAAACCUUCUGUAUGGCAAGAAGCAUUCUGGGACUUUGGCAUUUCCCCAAGAAUCCCCAGAAUGUUAGUUUUUUUAGCCUCUCUCUCUCUCUCUCUCGCUCCUCUUGCUCUCUGUUUUCCCUCAUCCAGUGGUGUCUUACAUCAGCUCACUGUGCCUGAGAGUGAGAUCUGAAAGAGAACUUCGGAGAGAAACAAAAGGACUUGUUUUCGUCCUCCUGAUAAGACAUACAUUACUUGGAAUUAAGAAAUCCUUGGACAGAUGGUUUGAAAACAGCAACCCAAGCAGAAUGAACGUCCCAUCUCCGCCUGAGAUGAAGCAGCUUUGGAAGAUGCUCUUUCCGCUCCUUAUCCUGCUUUACCUAUCGGGAGCUGUCAAGUCUCAAGUAAAUCCAGGUGUGUGUCGGUCCCCAUUGGGAAUGUCCAGAGGCCAGAUCUUAGAUGAAGAUAUUUCAGCGUCCAGUCAGUGGUCUGAUUCCACAGCAGCAAAAUAUGGCAGGCUGGACUGUGAGGAAGGAGAUGGUGCGUGGUGUCCUGAAAUAGCAGGAGAACCUGAGAAUAUAAAUGAGUUCCUGCAGAUAGACCUUCGUUCUCUGCACUUCAUCACUCUGGUGGGCACUCAAGGACGUCACGCGGGGGGCAUUGGGAAUGAAUUUGCCCAGACAUACAAGAUCAAAUACAGCCGUGAUGGCAGCCGCUGGAUCUCCUGGCGUAACAGGCAGGGCAAAGAGGUGAUCCAGGCAAACAGGAAUGCCUAUGACAUUGUGUUGAAGGACCUGGAGCCACCCAUUAUUGCACGUUUUGUCCGCUUCAUGCCCGUCAUUGAUCACUCCAUGAAUGUUUGUAUGCGUGUGGAACUGUACGGCUGUGAGUGGCUGGAUGGCUUGGUCUCAUAUAAUUCUCCACUUGGCCAGAAGAUGACUCUCAAUGCACAGUAUAUUUAUCUCAAUGACUCUGUGUAUGAUGGAGCCAUGAGUAACAGUAUGACAGAAGGACUUGGACAGCUGACGGAUGGCAUGUGUGGCCUCGAUGACUUCACACACAGUCACAUCUACAGUGUAUGGCCUGGUUAUGACUAUGUUGGCUGGACCAACGAGAGCUUUCCCAACGGUUAUGUUGAGAUCAUGUUUGAGUUUGACCGCACCCGCAACUUCACCACCAUGAAGGUGCACUGCAACAACAUGUUCUCCCGAAGGGUAAAGACUUUUCAGAAGGUGGUGUGUUAUUUCCGCUCCGAGUUGGACUGGGAAGCUACACCCAUAUCAUUCAGCCCUGUGAUGGAUGAUGUCAAUCCCAGUGCCCGCUUUGUCACCGUCUCGCUCUACAAUCACAUGGCCAGUGCUAUUAAGUGCCAGUUCUACUUUUCUGACAUCUGGAUGAUGUUCAGUGAAAUCACCUUCCAGUCAGAUACAGCCAUGUACAACACAACCCUGUCUCCCCCCAAGACCGGUCCUCCCAUCAGCAAUCAGCCAGGGGAUGACCCUACCCACAAAGUAGAUGACAGCAACACCCGGAUCCUGAUUGGCUGUUUGGUUGCCAUCAUCUUCAUUUUAGUAGCCAUUAUUGUUAUUAUACUGUGGAGACAAGUGUGGCAGAAGAUGCUCGAGAAGGUUUCUCGGAGGAUGCUGGAUGAUGAACUAACUGCUAGUUUGUCGAUACAGAGUGAGACCUUCACCUAUAACAACAACAACAGCCCCUCUUCAGUGUCCAGUGAGCAGGAGUCUAGCUCCACCUAUGAGCGCAUCUUCCCUCUGGGACCCGACUACCAAGAGCCCUCUCGCCUGGUUCGGAAACUGCCAGAGUUUUCCCAGACCUCAGAGGAUACUGGUAAGCUGCAGAUGCAGUGUAUGGAAUAUAUAUGCAAUCUCAUAUAUAUAUACAUAUUCAUGUAUAUUUAUGUUUUUUUUUCUGCAGCUUCAACAAAUACAUCUUCCAAGUCCCCUCCAGUCAGUGUACAAGAGGGGGUCCCACAUUAUGCCGAGGCAGAUAUUGUCAACCUGCAGGGUGUAACUGGGGGCAAUACCUACGCAGUGCCCGCCCUCACCAUGGACCUGCUGUCAGGGAAGGAUGUCGCCGUGGAGGAAUUUCCUAGGAAACUGCUUACGCUUAAAGAAAAGUUGGGAGAAGGGCAGUUUGGAGAGGUGCAUUUGUGUGAAGCAGAAGGCAUGCAAGAUUUCAUGGAUGAGGACUUCUCCUUCGAUGUCAUUGAAAACCAAACAGUGCUUGUAGCUGUUAAAAUGCUUCGAACGGAUGCAAAUAAAAAUGCCAGGAAUGAUUUCUUGAAGGAGAUAAAGAUCAUGUCCCGAUUGAAAGACCCCAACAUCAUCAGGCUGCUGGCGGUGUGUAUGAGCUCUGACCCUCUGUGUAUGAUCACCGAGUACAUGGAGAAUGGAGACCUUAAUCAGUUCCUGUCUCGCCAUGAGCCCGAGGGCAUGAUCGCUCUCCUCAGCAACGCUCCCACAGUCAGUUACAGUAACCUACACCACAUGGCCACACACAUUACUUCAGGCAUGAAGUAUCUAUCAUCACUCAACUUUGUGCAUCGAGACUUGGCCACCCGCAACUGCCUAGUAGGGAAGAACUUCACCAUCAAGAUUGCAGAUUUUGGAAUGAGUAGGAACCUGUAUAGCGGAGACUACUACCGUAUCCAGGGCAGAGCGGUGCUGCCAAUCCGCUGGAUGUCCUGGGAGAGCAUUCUUCUGGGGAAAUUCACCACAUCCAGUGAUGUGUGGGCUUUUGGCGUGACCCUUUGGGAGAUGCUUACCUUCUGCAAAGAGCAGCCUUACUCACAGCUGUCAGAUGAACAGGUCAUUGAAAACACAGGAGAGUUCUUCCGGGAUCAAAGGAGACAGAUAUACCUGCCUCAGCCACCAAUGUGUCCAGAUCCUGUCUACAAGCUCAUGUUGAGCUGCUGGCACAGAAACACCAAAGAGCGCCCAUCCUUCCAGGAGAUUCAUCACACAUUACUGGAUUGCAAGCCAUAGUGUCCACUUGUGUGCCAAUCUUGGCACUCCCAGAGACAGUUCAGUGUGCCCACAGGACUCCAGUCAACUACACACCGCAACAUAUGUUCCCGUAUAUAAGUGAGAUCAGAGUCUAUCAUUUUUCCGUAGCAAUUUUCACUGUGAGUGUGCAAAGGCAAACUGAUAUAUAUAGUACGAUUGAAUUGCUCCCCCUAAGUGGCUUACGAUACCUGGGCACCACUAGGCCAAAGAAAAUGUAGCAAUGAAUUUAGGCACCUUUAACACAGAAGAAUUGAAUUUUACACACUGUGUUUUUUUUUUUCAAAUAACUCUAUAAGUUAUAAAUAUCUAUAAGAAUAUUUCUGAUUAGAAAGAGGAAAUGCCAAAAAAACAAGGUAGUGGUUACUGAUGCGCCUUUUAUUAUGUCCAAUUUAAUGUUGUUUUCAGUAUUUUGAGGCCGAAGACCGCUUGAAUGUAAAUAAGAGUCCUUAAUUGACAUUCAGAUUCACCUUUGGUUUUAUCUCGAUGUCUCUUGACGUUGUGUAUAAUUUCAUCUCAUUUAUCGAAAAUGCUUAAGUAUUUUGUUAUUUGACAUAUUUAAUUUGGUCUUUGUAAUAAACUGCAAAGACAACUUUCAAACAAGUGGAUUAACAGAAAGCCAAUUUAUCUGGUUGUCACAGAAUUUUCUAAAUCAGAAAAAAUUCACUUAAAAUUGAAAAUGUAAAAAAUAUAUUAGUGUUAUCCUGCAACUACCUAUAUAUUGUGUUAAUAUUUAAGCCUACUGCAUUAUGCAAGUGUUUGCUUUUCUUUAUGUUGUAUUGUUUAAAGAAUCUUGGUAUGGUGGUUAUUUAAGUUCAUUUCAUUUGUGCUCCUUUUUUUUCUUUUUUUUUUCUUUUUUUUGCUUAAAACAACUUUUUGCAUCAAGAAGCUUUCAGCAUAAUGAGCUAAGAAAGCCAUAAUUCUUUGACAUUAGUCUCUUACAAUAUUUGCAUGAAGUUGGAUGAAAUCAGAUAUGUUACAUAAUGAUAAUUUCACAUUUUCAUUGCAUUUGUCCUAUGUUUUCAUCUCAUCUCAAAUUAGACAGAAAGGGGUAGUAAGUACAUUUAUUAUCCCCAGCUAAUUUUGUUUAUCUGUAAAAAAAAAUAUAUAUAUAUUAAAAUAGGCUUAUUUUAAAGCUAUUUGUUUUUCUUUUAAGUCAGAAUACAAUAUAUUCUAGGUGGUGCUGAAUUGCUAAAGUGUGGGAUAAAUACUGGAUUUGUAUUGAAUAGAUGCACUAUGAUGGUUUACAGUAAGUUGUGAUGUGUUGGCAAGUGAAAAGUGCUGCAAAUGGGAUACUCGGAAAUCUGUUUUGUAAUUAACUGGUGUACUUGUAAAUUGUUUUUUUUUUCUUUCUUUCUUUUUCUUUUUUUUUUUUGUAAGGUCAUUGUAUAUGACCAUAUUUUUUUUUUUUUUAUGUGUUCACCUUUCGGGGUUGGUUAAGAUAUCUGCCAGUCUAUAAGAAGUGUUUUUGGUUGUGGGUUUGGUAUUUUAGCUGUAAGUAUAAAUUAAUUUGAGUAUUCUUGACAUGACUGAUGAAGUUGCUUUAUAGAUAUGCUUUAAUUCUGAAAUGGUAUAUUAAAUGUUCUUCCUUCAAAACAUAAACAUAUAAAACAGUAACAGCCCUUUCUGAGGCUUUGAGUUUGUUUAGAAAAACAUUCCACUUUAUAACACAUCUUUGGAGAGGAAAUGGAUAAUUUUCAUAUUCUGUACAUUGACAAUGGCUCAUCACAAUACAUGGAAAAACUGGAUUUUUUUUAUUCAUAGCAAAAUUUCUUUAAAGUGAUUCUUAUCCUUUCUAACCUAAUGCUUUGUGCUGUAUUUUUAAUUAGUCCUAAUUUUCCAUUAUCAGCCUAUUGUAUAGCUAUGUAAGGAAAAUGUACAUAAAAUAAUAAAUUGAUGAAUCUUUAAACUUCUUGUCUAGAAAUUGUAUAACUAUAAAAGCACAAUUUCAUACUUUCACAGUAAUAAAACGUGUGUUUUUUUAUUUGUAUAACGUUACGUGAAUUGGACAUUAAGUACAUCUUAGAAUGUAUCAAGACAUUUAACUUGUGUACUAUAAUAUUAGCUUUUUAAAUCGUUCUUUCGUGCAUUGGUUUUCUGUCGAAUAAAUAUGAACUGAAUCUUAAAACUGA